GCAUGCGCACGCGCUGCCCGCCGACGUGUACGACCAGCGCCAGAGCGGCCGCGUCAACGUGUACGUGCGCGUCGCGGACGCCGCACUUGUCGCCAUGCUGCCCCACGGCACACUCUCGGAGCUGAUGGACGAGAUGUACGACGAGUACGAGGACCCGGAGGACCCCGUGGCGAGCGACGACGACCCGCCGGCCGACUCCCCGCCGGAGGCGGAGACGACGACGACGACGUCGACGACGACGACGACGACGAUUCUUCAAAACUCAGCUGCGACGCCUGCCAUCGGCAACGCCACGUGCUCGGAGGCUCCCGCCAGCACCACCACCACCGCCGCCGCCGUCCCAUCCGCCAGCACCACGACCCCCGCCAGCACCGCCAGCUCCAGCACACCGGCGAAGCGCAGACGGCGCUGCAGGGACGGCUUCUAUCGCAACCAGGCGGGCCGUUGCGUCCGCCUGCAGUUCGCGCAAAACGGGUAUAAACUGAGAGUGCUGCCUCUUACCUUCUCUUAACCGGUGCCAGAAGAAGUCUCCCAGGCGCAGACUACGCUACUCCAUCGCCGCAGUCCGCAGAUGCGACAGCCACAAACGCGCUACAGCUCGGCGGUCUCCUGUUGACGCCGUGCCUGUGGCAGCAGUCUGCAGUUGUGUCGCAUUUUCAGACUGCCACAGUCGCGCAGUGGUCGUGCCAAAACUACAGUACAGACGACCGCUGACCGACUGGUACACAUAUGUGUUUGUAUCAACAGUAACACUUAAGUGAAAGUCUCAUACCAUUCAUGUAAGCUACACUAUCUUCAAUAUUGUACUACACAUUACACUGAACAUGUAUACAUUUUCUCUUGAUACUUGUUUAUUCGUUCACACAGUAGCCAACUGAAAGUAUCCAAAAUUGUGCGUAGGGCUCCUUUGGUGCAGAAAUGCCAGUUGAUGUAUAACGUACUCCGGCGAAUUUGUAGGUUUAAUAAAAAU